AUGAUUCACUACGAAAGUUUCAAGCUGUACUACGAAUACCUCCAAGACGAUCAGUCCAGGCUCUUGAGGUUCAACAUAGCGAUCUUUAUCAUGCUCAUACUGGCUGGCCAUUACUGGUACCUCUACUGUAAGAAGAUGAUAGCCAAGGCAGACACUGUGUACGCGCAGGGUAUACAGCAGAUUGGACGUGUCUUCAUCCAAGAGAUCGUGAAUAUAAAGGCCGAGGUGAUCAUUAUCAGGGCUGAAGUCACCAUUCUUGAGGGAUUGGUACAGCAAGCGAAGAAACCGGUCGUCCCGAUUACGCCUCGCCGCGCAGUCAAGACACACUCUGCACAACGUUCAUAG